AUGACCUCCCGAAAUACCUAUCUCGCGGCCGGCAUUGCCUGCAACACAGCGGCCAUGUUUGGCUACGGUACGGGCUACAUUGGAAGCUUGUUGGUUUUGCCUUCAUUCAAUCAUAGAUUCGGUCUCGAUCUUCUGUCGCGCCAUGCUCUGGCAAUGACGCAGUCUCUGGUGGUCUCGGUUUGGCUGCUGGGAGCUUUGGCUGGGGUGGUAGCUGCCUUGCCCGUCUGUUCUCAUCUGGGACGAAAGAUGUGUCUUGUCUGUUGUGCCGCCACUUAUGUCCUCGGAGCCUUGCUCCAACUGGUCCCCAGCGGCAAGUCGAUGGCUGCCUUUGACACUGGCAGAUUGCUCAACGGCAUCGGCGUCGGAGCCGGCACGCUAGUGACACCACUCUACAUAUCAGAAAUCUCUCGUCAUUCCCAACGCGGGAUGUUACUAGGCUCGUGGCAGGUUGGGAUCCAGAUUUCUGCCCUGGUCGGCUUCUGGGGCGGCUACGCUUCCCAUCGCAGUCUACCCGACACGUUGGACUUGCAAUGGGAAGUGCCCGUGGCCAUUCAGCUUGUGCCCGGGUCUAUCUUGCUUUUUGGGAGCCUGGUCCUCCCAGAAAGCCCCAUAUGGCUGGCGGAACGGCACGAUUCGGAAGCACUUCGCAGCGCGAUAGCAUGGCUCCGUUCCCAGGACGUCUCGUCGCCUGAAGUCAUCUCGGAAGCAGAAGAGCACUGUCAGACAGUGAUGGAGCGCAAGAAACAGGAAGCUUUGGGACCACGAUCGAGCACCUGGAGGGAAAUUAUCCGUCCAUCCAUUCGCAAACGGCUCAACUGCGGCAUCGGGCUGAUGACUUUGAUGACUCUGAGCGGCACCAAUGCGCUCAACUUCUUUGCCCCGACCAUUUUUAUGAGCGCUGGGUUCACCUCCACAUCAGCUUCACUCUUUCUGACCGGUGUCUUCGGCUUGGUCAAGCUGGCAGCCGCGCUGUCGUUCAUGUUUUACGUAGUCCACUUCCGAGGCCACCGGUUCUGGAUCAUAUUGGCCUCGGCCGUGUGCUCUUUUGCACUGUUCACUCUAGCCUUCUGUGUGCGGUUCUUCGAGACCACCACGAAAGGGCACUUUCUUGGCUUUUACCUCGACAACGGCGGCAUCCCCACGCUCCCCGGCGUCCUCGGGUGCAUCAUGGUGCUGAUAUUUGCAUACUUCUUCGGCAUCGGCCACGGACCCAUUGCGUGGAAUUUCUGUGCUGAAGUCUUCCCCGCGCACCUCAGUACCAUGUGCUGUACCAUCACCACCUGCACGCAGUGGCUCUUUCAGGUGGUCAACGCCGUCUUGACCCCGUUCCUUCUUACAACAGCUGGGUGGUACACCUGGAUCAUUUUCGGCUGCGUCAAUGCAUUCACACUAAUCUGGGCUAUCCUCUACAUCCCAGAGACAAGAGGUGUGCCGUUGGGCAAGCAAAUGGAUGCGUUGUUCGAAGAUGUCACGAUAGAGCCCACUCGAGAUGACGCAUCUGACGAAACCGAGGACAUGAUGGUCGUUGGCGAAGAGACACCACUACUAAAACCGCAGCGCUACAUGAAGUAG